AUGGCUGUGGGAGAUGAGCCGGUCACUUACCUCAAUAUCAACAAGACCAUUACUGCCGUGCAGGCUGGAAGGCUGGACCCCGAACUGCAGCGCGAUGUGCUGAUCGUUGGGACCCCAACGAGCCUGCAGUCUUACGACGUCGAGGAGAACAGGGACCUGUUCUUCAGGGACGUGGCCGACGGCGUUAACGUCGCAAUCUUGGGGCGAAUGGGAACCAUCGAGUCGCCGCUGGGAAUCGUGGGUGGGAAUUGCUCCAUUCAGGUAGGCUCCGAUGACUUUGACAUCCGGGUUUUCCAAGAUGAAGAUCUCGUGGCGGAGGUGCCCGAGGCGGACGUCGUCGUCGGUCUGUGCCCCAUCCAGAAGGCGCGGUACGGCUACGCUUUAGCGAAUGGGACCAUCGGGGUGUACAAUGGCACCGAGCGCAUGUGGAGGGUGAAGAGCCGCCACAGCGUCUGCGCCAUUGCCAGCUUCGACCUGGAUGGAGAUGGCGUACCUGAGCUUCUGAGCGGCUGGUCCAGCGGCAGGUUUGAGGUUCGAAAGGAAGACACUGGAGAGGUUGUUUUCCGUGACAAUAUGUCUUCGCCCAUUAGCCAAAUCCUCAAUGCUGAUUACCGCAACGACGGUGUGGAGGACUUGAUUGUUUGCUGCGGAGAUGGAGAAGUGCGAGGCUACCUGCCAGCCGACGUGAACUCGACAAGCACCGGGCAGGGCAUCGCCGCCCAUAAGCAGAUUCUGGAGAAGCUCAAUCAGAAAAAGCAGGGAGUUAUUGUUUUUGGCGAGAACCUUUUUGCCAACGAGUCCCUCCUCGUUCUGCCAAAACAACCGUCCCAAGAGUCCAGAGUGCACAUUCACCCUCCAAAAGACGUAGGCUGCGAUGCCCUGCUGAAGGUGCUUGUGGGCUCGCGCACCGGAAACAUAUUCCAGGUAUUCGAGUACGAGCAGGAAAUACCAAAAUUCGCAAUGUACAGGCGGGUGGAGGACGGCAGCCACCAGGAUCCAAGUUCUUCUGUCCACUUCGACGUGGCUGCUGCUCCAACAAGAUUGUCAGGCUGGCUUGACAGCAGGUUUUUGCACUCGCCGUCAGGAGGCGAUCCGAUGGGGGCCGCUUUCAUCAGCUUGAGGGAUGGUGCUUCUCUUGUUGUCCAAUUCAAACCCAGCCCAUCGGGAUGCCAGGUCGCCGUUAAAACAGACAAUAUGGUGCUCGCAGGGGAUGUCGUCCAGGACCUGGCGCAGUAUCUGUCCAUCAACGAGUUGGAUUCGGUGGCCGAUUUCCCCAAGGAAAUGGAGGAAUUCAAAGAUGUCUUAUCUAAGGUGUUGCUGAGCGGCAACGUCAAUGCACUCCGGCUACUUUCCAGGGCCAUGCCCGUUCGGUCGAAGAAGUGGGCUCCUGUAACACAUUCGCCAGCAGGUCCUCGUGACUUUGGCCAUGAAGGGCGCACAGUGUUAUCGCAGUGUUUGUUCCCUUACAGCCAUCUGUUCGGCGUUGUGAGGGUUUGA